GUCGUGAGUGAGAGCUGAGGUUAUGAGAGGUGUCGAGGGUGAUAGCCUGCGUAAGGGCCGCACCUGAGCGAGUAAUUUCCUUGCACCUCCAGUUGAUGAUGGUCUUGCCAGUGAUUUCAGAUGACGAUGUUCAAGUGCGCCUCGGCCGGGGUAGGCCUGGCAAUAGAGACUAUAGAUAGAAAAAGGAGUGAAGGUGAAGAAGAGCAGAAGAUGCCCCCCGGCAACAAAAGCAUGGGCAGUAUUCGAGGUGGCUGGUGUAGAUGAUCAAAUCAUCAACUCGGUGUACUACAACAGAGGUUUCUGCAACUGAUCAAAACGCUCUUGUCGUAGAUAGAAGUCGGAGGCCGGAGUCCCAUGAACGCCUUACCUUCAGCUGGGGGUGGCCAUGGCGCUCUCCACCUCCUCCCCGAAGGCUGCAAUGUGGUGUCGGAGUUUCUGCCUCUUACGGCAGGUUCAGUGGUCAACAAGCGCAAGAGACGUCCAGCAGGAACGCCCGGUAUGCUCCCGCAGCUAGUUUCACGAGACCCAGGUGCUGAGGUUGUGGCUCUUUCUCCCAAGACGUUGAUGGAAUCAGACAGAUAUGUUUGUGAAAUCUGCAAUCAGGGUUUCCAACGUGAUCAAAACUUGCAAAUGCAUAGACGUCGCCACAAGGUUCCAUGGAAGCUUCUAAAACGGCCUAGCCUAGGGACACUCAAGCGUGUUUACGUUUGUCCGGAGAGAUCUUGUCUACAUCACGACCCGUCACAUGCUCUCGGCGAUCUUGUUGGCAUCAAGAAACACUAUCGACGUAAGCAUUGCACUGAGAAGCAGUGGAAAUGUGAUAAAUGUUCCAAGGGCUACGCAGUGCAGUCUGAUUACAAAGCUCACUUGAAGACCUGUGGGACACGAGGUCAUUGUUGUGAUUGUGGUCGAGUUUUCUCACGCGUAGAGAGCUUCAUCGAGCACCAGGACACUUGCAGCGCAGUGAAGUACAAGAGCAUGCAUUCCGGAGACGGAAGUGAAAGAAAGUUGUCCCUCCAGCGACAGGCCACCGACAGAAACUCAAAUGAAAGUCCGAGCCAAUCCAGCGAUACAACUCAAGCCAUGUCAUUUGCGCAAUCAGGGAUGUCGGACACUGCCGCGAGAUCCGCAGAUUCGACCAAGGUCAUCGAUCACGAGCACUCUAGAAGGAUUCAAGAGAGCCAGGCGGCGUAUAAUGCCGUAUUGCCUGGUUGGCUACUGGACCAGCGCAAGGAACUGGAGCUACUCCCAUGGAAGCAACGCCCACCCGAAUCUGUUCAUCCUGACGUUUUGACCUCUGGUUCUACAAUGCAAGGGGACAGAAGAGUCGUUCAACCGAGUCAUGGCUCCAGGUCGCAGGUUACACUCUGCAGCUCCAUCAAUUCCGUUCAUCCGGAGGUUUCUUGCAUGGGGUCCAAGGCAAUUUCACCUAGCAAGUGCAGCGAGGAUGUCAAUGCGCCGUCUUUAGCUCUCUCAAUCGGACUUUUUGGUGCCGAGGUUGGCUCAAGCACCCCAUCUCCGAUUGUGGAUAUGAAGCCUAGUUUUAGUUCGGUGGAAAGAGAGGUCUUAGCUUUAACGUACCAACAGAGGCAAGGAUCUGCUGGGAUUCCGAAGAUUGGAACGAGUUCACGCUCUGGAGCACCGCUGGGCAAUGAUCUGGCUCUAUCGAUGUUUCCUACAAACCUGGUGCAGACUCGAAACCAGGUUGCGAUCGACUCUGCUGCAACUGGAACAGAUGCAGCUGUUUCCCUGAGUGAUUUCCUCAUGCAGGCGGCUCGUAGGCUCGGUCCAUCCCUGACCCACAGCAAUGCAGCUGAUUAUAGUGAAUUGAAGGCUCAAGAAACAAGCAGUCGUACUGAAAUGGUGCUGAAUUAUAACCAUGGAGUUGGUAGCACUUCGUCUUGUCACGAGGAUCGGGCCGGUAAGGCGCAUGAGUCAGAUCUAUCGGGAUUGCGACCUGUAAGACGAGGUGCUUUGCAGCAUUCGCAAUUUGAGCCAGCCACUUCCAUGGUCAGAAGCAGGCAAGCCACUAUAGAUCACACAGACGUGACCGAGACUCAUGAGAUCUUUACCAGUGCACACUCGAUAGAUAUCAAUGUAAGCAGAUCGCAGAAGCAAAUGGCUGCUGCAGGGACACGUGGUGAUCAGGCAUGUGAGCAGACCUGGACAGACAUGAGCACAGCAUGGUCGGAUCCAGCGACUGCGAGACGAACUAAACAUCAAACUCGCCAGGAGAGUGAGGAAGCCGAGAAAGAGUUAGCCAGGGCCGAGGUUCUCAAAAGAGAAGCCCGGGAACAGCUUCAAUUAGCAUCAGCUGAGAGAGAAUACGCAGACCGCGCACGCGAAGUCGCCAAGCGGCAGAUUGAGUUAUCGGAGGCAGACCUUGCGAAGGCGAAGCGUAUUCGCGAGCAUGCUCAAGCGGAAUUGGAGAAGGCCCAGUUUUUAAAAGAGCGAGUGGAGCGAUCAGUGGGGGCGAGUGCUAGCUCCCAAGACUCUUCUCAAUUCUCCUUCUGCCACUCAUGCAAGUCCGCCAUUGAGGUCAAUGCAUCAAUACGAACCCCAACAUCGUCUCCAGGCUCUUCUUCUUGGUCAUUUGUAACGCCACCUACCUCAAACUGCGAGCAAUUGCAAGUAGGUCCUGGGAAAAGUGGAAUCUCUAGUGGACAGAUUUUCAUGGUUCCUGGAAGUCAUGAGGGUGGGGCCAAGCAGGCAGAUCCAAGCUGCAAAUUAUUGUCGGGAAGGAUGUCCUGGACUGACACGAUCAGUGCCCGGUUGCCAGUCUCUUCAGAAGAGGGACGGAAGCACAUCUGGCCAGUUGGAACAACUAGUAUGUCUACAUUUGCGACCAGUAUGGCAGUCGAAGAGGCUUCACAGUCGGAAGAGAAUCUAGUCGCGGCAGCAGCUGGUGAGUCAUCCCGAUCAGCAGACCAAACCAACCCAAAGGAUUUCGAUUUGAACUGAACUUCUCUCCACGGCAUUGCGUGAUAUUAUUGCGCUCUGAAGCAUUCAGCCAUGAUCUAGUGAUUGGCUUGGAUCUUCGAAGGCGUUAGGUCCGUCACUUAUUCUGGAGACUUUGUAGGGUGGAUGAAACAUGAGCUGGAGACCACCGUGCACAGAUUUAUUCUAGGAAUUUGUGGAUACCAUAGCGUGAAGACUAUGCUCUCCCCCCCCUCCCUUUUCGUUUUAUUUUUUAAUUAAAAAAAAAAAUGGUAGGCAGAUGUCUAUAAGCUCUAUAGACUCAUUCACUAUUCAUCAAUUUGAGGAUGCUCACAAAAUUCUCAUAGAACGCAGUAUUAUCUAAGUUCGAUGGUUCUGAAUCGUUCUUCCAAGGCAGGACCUCCUCCUUCAAUUACGUACGUAUGCACACAUACCGAACCAUGAAAGGUUCAGUUAGAGUGGCCACGCGAAUACUAUGACCUCACAUUAUUUUGUACAAUUGUAUUGUGUGAACUGAAUUAUGUUACCAGGGAGCACCUGGAGACGCGAAUCUAUUGGCGCUUGGGGUUGAGACCCAGGCAGCAGAACCCGAA